UAGCCCAGUUUACUCAUUCAGCAUCCUCACAGACGCAGCGAGGCCGCAUGAUCCGGCUUUGAAAUGUCACUCAGAGCCAAAUCCCACACGGACCUGCAGACGAUUGGGAAGUCCUCUCAGGAUGACAACCUGUACUCGUCUUUCUCCAUGAGCAGCAGCAACAUGCACAGAGGCAGUCGCUUCGGGAAUGGGAUGGUAGAAGAGGUCAAAGGUCUCUGCAGACCGUCCAGGAGGCCUGUUCGGGUGGUCCGGCCGGUCAGCGCCAUCAGCUCUAAUGGCUCGUUCCUCCAAAUCAACCACCUGCAGGGUGAGCUGGUGAGGAAGAGGAAGGAAUGUGAGGAUCUGAAGAAGGAAAACAAGUACCUAUCAAAUGAGAUCCAUAUGGAGCGGAUCAUGAUGCGCACAGAGAACGAGCUGACCAUGAGGAACCUGAGGAACCUGAACCAGGAGCUGCAGGCUCAAGUCAAAGAGCUGAAGCAGAGGCUGUAUCAGAGCCAGCAGAGGGCAACGUUGUGCUCCCGAGCUGCAGGUGAAGCAGAGGAGUCCAGAGGGGAGGCAGAGAAGAGCAGGGCCCAUGCUGAGGCUCGGGCCCUCGGGUGUCUGCGGGACAAGGGGGUAGCGGAGGCCGACAGAGGCCGCAUGAGUGAGGAGCUACAGCAGCUUAAAAAGGAGCACACUGACCUGCAGCUUUUACUGGCACAAACUGAGAAGAGUUAUUUUGAAACCAAGCUAAAGCUGGACCGGGUGUCAGGGGAGAAACAGGCUCUGCUGCAGGAGAACAGGAGUCUGGAGGGGGACAGAGACGACCUGAGACACAAACUGAGACAGAUCACAGAGGAAAAUGUGCAACUUAAAGGAAGUGAGACUAGUUCGAGGCGCAGAGCGAUGGUGUCUGAGGAGGACAGCAAAAAGGCCAACCAGGCCCAGCGGGAAGCCGAGGCAGAGAGACGACUGGCAGAGAAGGAGAGACAGGAGAGGACCGCCGAGUGUCUGAGCUGGAGGGAGAAACAUCAGGAGAUAGCCGACAGGUUCAGAGCUCAGGAGGAUCUGAAGGCUCUGAGGCAGAACAAAUCUUGUCAAGCCAACAUCAAGAGUUACUUCCUCUGCAUGACAGAGAGCGAUCAGAGGGUGAGAAUUCUCAAAAAUCAAGACGGCACCCCGAGGAAUUUUACGGAAGGAGACCCUGUGUAUAUUUCCAACCCUGAGUCCAGUCCUGAGGAGACUGAGAGGAGCUCAUCCAGGACAAUGCUGAGGGUCUCUGCCCCUCACUCAGGGAGGGAUCCAGGUCCCAGUCACUUCGAUGAGCUGCCCCCUUUUGGAGGAGAGCGACCAGACUCAGCUCCCCAGCGUAGGAGCAGGAAGGUGGUGGAUUACUUCUGGAUCCCUACGGACCAGGAGUAGUCGGAUGCACCCACAUUUUGCUGCAGCCAAGAACUGAUGAACCAGACGAGACUUGUUGCCUUUCUUUAAGACAUUAUGAUUCUGUGAUAUUGAGAAGAUGGGACACCCAGACCUGUAGGCCCUGGUGUGGACUCAUGAUGUCUGUAUGAUAAAGAGUGAAGAGAAAGGUGUGGUGCUCAUGUUCUGGACUUUAUUGACAUUAAAGCAAUAGAGGUGCACAAUAAUUUUGAAUUCCAUACAUUAUGAUCCAAAUCUAUCAUCUUCUACAUAAACACGGCUUCUGAGCACA